GGACGAAGAAAGGAUUAAAACCAUGGGAAGGAUGACCAAUGUCGCUUUCCGAUUGGGAAAAGUGCACGUGCUUGGGGAUGUCGUAGUACUAGAUGUUAAUACGUACGACGUUCUUUUCGGACUUCCCGCUCUUGUGGCGUUACGAGCAAACCUGGACUUCGAACGACGAUCGAUCGUCCUCCGAAAUACAGGAGGAAAAUCCUACGCUGUGCCCAUGCGAUUGACCCUUCGCACUACCAUUAACGUCGUUCCACGGAUUUCGCCGAUGAUGGCAGAGACUCUCCACAUGAUCUCCUGGGGUGAAUCCGCAGAGGGAAAGUCAUCAACGAAUGAUGCGGACAGCAGUGAUGAAGAUGAUCCGGAGAUCUUGAAAUUAGCACGACAGCGCUGGGUUCGGUGUCGGAUGGGGAUUUGCAAUGCGCCUGCCACAUUUCAGCGAGCGAUGAACAUGACGUUCCAAAAUUUCGUCAACAAGACACGGCUGACGCAAGGGAUGAUUGACUUCUGCGUGAUCGUGUCCAUGAACGAUAUCCUGGUCUAUUCGGAAACCUAUCACGGGCACACGCAACAUAUCGAAUGGACAUUGGGAGCGUUGAGAGACGCUGGGUUCAAGAUUGCGCUCGAGAAGAGCGAAUUUUUCCUCUCGGAAAUUUCGUUUUUGGGCUACGUCGUGACACGUGGAGGAUUGCGGCCGGACUCGAGAAAAGUUGCGGCGGUGAAAGAAGCCCCGGUUCCCACGUCACUGACGCAGGUUCGAGCCUUCUUGGGGUUGGCGUCGUACUACCGACGCUUCAUCAAGCGUUUUGUCGCGAUUGCACGACCACUAAAGAAUCUGUUACGGAAGGACCAGCCUCUCAGCUGGGACGCGGAGUGCCAGCAGGCCUUUGCAACCCUCAAGGACGCUCUGGCGACAGCCCCUAUUUUGAUUCGGCCGGACCUCUCAAAGCAGUUCAUUCUCAUCACAGACUGGCAACCGGAAGCUAUUUUCGCUAUUCUAGCGCAGAAGGGGAACGAUGGUUGCGAACAUGUCAUCGAGUACGCGUCACGCACAGUGCGAGACGAACGCCGAGACGACUCCGCACCUCAAGGCGAGUGCUAUGCGGUAGUUUGGGGAAUCCAACACUUCCAUCCGUAUCUCUACGGACAAAAGUUUCGCCUCGUGACGGAUCACGAGCCUCUGCUAGCUUUGAAGAAGCUCACCAACUACACGGGCAUGAUUGGUCGUUCGGCGGUGCGACUGCAAGAGUACGACUUCGAUAUCGUCCAUCAAAAGACCGAGCGACACGGCAACGCGGACGGACUAACAUGUGUGCAUCGGUUUGUCAAGGUACUAAAGGACGAAGAAAUUACACCGUGGAAAGAGCCGGACUUGACCAACGAGCCGAAAUACGGACAAGUGGCAGUUCUUCCACGUGGCAAGAAAGCCGAAGAGGAAGCAGAAGAGGAUUCGGAAGGAGAAUUAAGGAGAAAGGUUGGGGAAGCAGCGGCCCGGUUGGCCGAGGAUGAGGAAGAAGAACGCAAAGCAGAAGAAGAGUCGGCGGAAGCUGAAGAAGAAGAAGAGGAAGAAUCAGAGGAGGAGACUUCAGAAGAAGAGGAGGAAGCCUAUAGUGAGCACAGUGAGGGCGAGCCAAGUGAAGAGGAGGAUGAAGACGACAACGAAGAAGUGGAAAGCGGAGACGACCAGGCGCCAACACACGACGACGAGCUCGAGUGGGUGCCAGGACCGGAUCGACCAGAGGAGAAUCCUGAGGCUGCCGCGCAACUCAAGAAAGAGGUAGCGGAGGGAAAGCGGCCGGCGAUCGACCCCACACCGAACGAUCCUUCCAAGGAUCCCGAGCCGCUCAAGCCGGAACAUGGGGACCUUGCUGCCACGACAUUGAGCGCCACGACGACAAGGCGCCGAUCCCGAUCCCAAUCCCCCGAGUGGAUAUCCAAAGGCUGCGCUGGACUACUACGGGUAGCGUGGUGCCCUCGAAGAUCAGCUGAGCUGCAGUACGUAUUCAGAAACCACGAGAGUUGCAGUGGGGUCGAGAAUCGGAAAGUCGAAGUCACAUCUCAAGUCAGCAUGGAAGCAAUGACAGCAGCUCAAGAGCAGAAUCAGAAGGUCGAUAAACUGCGAGAGGAUGAAUGUAAGCCCCAGACAGGAAAUCAUCCUGAACAUGUAGAGGAGUUUGUCGACAUAUUCGAAGAAGACGGAAUGCCAGAGCAGAUUGGUGUGCCUGAAACUGGGUAUCCUGAUGAAGAUUUCGCUCUCGACGAUCAAACGCAGUCUGCUGGUUGUGGUAACCAGCACAAGCCACAUCACCAUAUCCUUCCUCCUUUCACUUCAGCAAAGCAGAUGAAGGAAUCCCGGCCCCUCGUCAUUACGGAGUCAAAGGGGAUAUAUGUGGUUGACAGCAACAAGAAGAGAUACAUCGAUGCUCUCGCCGGUUUGUGGUGCACAUCUCUUGGUGGAAAUGAACAAAGGCUAAUCAAGGCAGCAGCUGAUCAAUUGGCCAAGCUUCCGUUCUACCAUUCCUUUUGGAAUCGUACUACAGAAUGUGCAAUGGAGCUGGCCGCAGAGCUGCUGGAUAUGUUCACAGCGCGGAAGAUGGGAAAGGUCUUCUUUACGAACAGUGGAUCAGAGGCAAAUGAUACACAGGUGAAACUCUUUUGGUACUAUAACAACGCCCGUGGAAAGCCAGAGAAGAAGAAGAUAAUUGCUCGCAAUAAGUCGUACCAUGGUUCUACUCUAGUGACAGCAAGUCUAACUGGGUUGGGUUCUCUGCACCAGGGUUUCGACUUGCCGGUGCCAUUUGUCCUACAUGCUGAUUGUCCGCACUACUGGCGGUAUCAUCUGCCCGGUGAGACUGAGGAAGAAUAUGCCACAAGACUUGCAAACAACUUGGAGGAACUCAUCAAAAAGGAGGGAGCAGAUACGAUUGCUGCAUUCAUUGCAGAGCCAGUGAUGGGAGCUGGUGGUGUCAUUCUCCCUCCAGCAACGUAUUUUGAGAAGAUCCAGGCGGUGCUAAAGAAGUAUGACAUAUUGUUCAUUGCAGAUGAGGUUGUGUGCGCCUUUGGACGUUUAGGGACAUGGUUUGGCUGUGACAAGUAUAACAUUCAUCCCGAUACUGUCACGCUUGCCAAGGCUUUGUCGUCAGCUUAUCAGCCGAUUGGAGCUAUUCUUAUCAGUCAGGAGAUGGCAGAGGUGAUAAAUGCGCACAGUGACCACAUCGGUACCUUUGCCCAUGGAUUCACAUACUCUGGACACCCUGUGGCAUGCGCUGUUGCGCUGGAAACCCUCAAGAUCUACAAGGAAAGGAACAUUGUUGAUCAUGUGAACAAGGUUGGACCAAUCUUUCAGGAAGGAAUGAAAGCCUUUGCAACCAGCCCUAUCAUUGGAGAGGUUCGCGGGACAGCGUUGAUCCUGGCUGUUGAGUUUGUCCUCGACAAAGAGCACAAGACUCCUUUCCCAUCACAAUGGGGUGUGGCCACGUAUUUAGCAGGGCGCUGCGCCUACCAUGGGAUGCUGAUCAGAGUCUCUGGAGAUCAGAUCAUGAUGUCACCGCCACUUGUCAUCACCGAGGAGGAAGCGAAAGAAGUACGUUGUCUGUUUAUACCAUAUCCCAAUUGAACGUAGAAUUGCACGACACACCGAUUGUUGAAACUUCUGCUGUGAUGUAUUCAUGUAUACUGUGAGAGACAAUUGUGGAUGGUGGGGUGAUGCACGAUACCCUGCACAAGGGUCAGCUGAUGAUUGUGUAUUGGGGUUCUACUCUCCUGGUGGAAGUCGUGGUCUGUUGCGUCUUGUCGUGAAUCCAUCAAAUCAAAUGAUGUGUUCCAUGCUUUCUACUCUCCAGGCAAAAGCUGCAACAUUUGAAAAAUGAAGCAGAAAAAUGGGUUGCAAAUGUCUCCAUUGCUUUGCGGUAAUGAAAGCUGAACCGUGAA